UCCAAACCAAAAAAACAAACAAAAAACAGAAGCAACAAACCCACCUCUCUCUCUCUCUCUCUCUCUCUCUAAACACAAGAAUAAAAACCCCACAUUUGAUGCCCCCUCUUCCCGCUUUCUUUUUCAGUCUCUGUUCCUCCCACCACCACCACCACCACCACCACCGUUCCUCCAAGUCUCUUUCAUGGCUUCUUCUUCUUCUUCCUCUAACCCUAACACCCACAUCACCAACAACAAUGUCUCAUCUCAACCACCCUCACUCUCCGCACCCUUCGACCCCACUCUAUCAACCAACACCACUUUCGUUCAAGCCGACCCCUCAACUUUCCGAUCCGUUGUCCAGAGACUCACCGGAGCUCCCCUAGACCCCUCCACACCCAAACUCCCCCUCUCCCUCCCCAUCGGUCCUCGCCGAUCUUCCUUCAAGCUCCACGAACGAAGACAGACUGCCAGAAAGCUCGAAAUCAAACUCAACAACAACAACAAUAACAUCAACUGUGUUGACUCGGUUACAGCCGGGUCGACUCGGCAAAGGAGUGGGCUAGGGUUUGGAGGUGAGAUGAUGGUGAUGGUGUCGCCCGUGUCGACUCUGGAUUUCUUCGCACGUGGGAGCCCGAGGACGCCGUCGGAGGAAGAAGAGAAAGCGAUUGCGGAAAAGGGGUUUUAUUUUCAUCCGAGUCCACUCAGUACACCCCGAGGCGGCUCUGAACCUGAGCUCUUGCCUUUGUUCCCUCUUCACUCUCCCAGACACGAUUCUUCAUCUUCUUGAUUUUCUCUUUAAAAAAAAAAAAAUAUCAGUGAAGUGUUUUGUAGUAUUAAUUAAUAAAGUAUAUAAGUAUGUAAUUUUAUCGAGUUUUAUUUUAUUUU